UAUUGCUUUCGCAAGAUUUAUAAUACUACAAAAGUACUUAGUGAUGUAACCAUGCUAUUACAGUAGAGGACGAAGAAAGACCAUCAAAACGUCGCCGACGUACUCAACCGCAUUCAACACAGCAGAAGCAAGAGCACUUCUACUGUCCUUAUCAAGGGUGUAAUCAAAUAUUUGCUAUUUCGAAAACAUGCAUUUACCAUAUACGAAGCAAGCACUUCCCGGGCUUACGUCGAAUAGAGGGGGGUCGAUCCAAGCACAUAUAUAAAACCACCGCUGGACUCGUUAUUAAGUUCAAUGUUGAUUCUCGGAAUAUGCUGAAAGAAGGAGAGGAAAUGCUAGUAGAGUGGGUUGGCUUAGGAGGGUUUUACUGUCCGUACAACAAUUGUGGCGUAGCUUACAAACAAAGGUCUCGAGUUCUUCGACAUCUCCGAACCAUACACGGCAGAGAUAUUCCAAAUUUGAUUCAACAAAAAAAUCACUCAACUGUUCUCAAAGCACCUUCUGGGCAGAUACUUAAGUUUGAUGAGAGUUCCCGUAAUAUAUUAAAUGCCGGAGAUGAUAUAUUGGUUGAAAAAACUACGAUUGUAAAAAAUAAUCAAGUUUAUAUAUGUCCAUACAAAAAUUGCCAUUCCGUAUAUGCUCAUCGCACAAGUAUCUAUGCACAUAUUCGAAGAGGCCAUGGUGACAAGUCGUUUUUUAUGGGAAGCGUCGUCAGUGGACGAAAAUUAAUAUUUACAAACUCAUCCGGCGAAAGUAUACAUUUUGACGAUAAAUCAAAGAAUUCAGUUAAUGAAAAUGAGCGGAUCAUCGUUGUGAAAUGCUAAAUGCAAAAAAGAGUACAAAAAGCCUUGGCUUCUUUGAAUCGAAACCCUAUACGCCAUGGAUAUGCUUCGAACAGUCCUACCGAGCCAGUUGCAAAAUACAUAAAGUUUUCAGUGAAUAGAUAUAUUAUUUUUACGCUUCAAAGUGUAAUGUGUGUGUAUUCGAGUUUGAUAUCAUGUUCCUUAAUGAUAAUGACGGCAAGUUGUUGUUCGUAAAUGACCUCUAUUACUUACUACUCUAGAAAAGGUUUUAGUAGCUCAAUAAACAGGGUCGCACUCCGUUGGGUAGUUCUGAAGCUGUUACAAUACCAGCCACCCGCUAUAAUAAUAUAGUUAAUGAGACCAAAAUCCCUUUACUAUUUACAACUAAAAUUGACCAAGGCAACGCUUGAUAUAAAGAGCGUCGCAAACAAAAGAAGCGG